GCGGCCAUGGCGGAGGACGCGGCCCGGCCGUGGCCGCCGCCCGCGGGCGCCUACGCGGAGGAGCGGGGGCUCUUCCAGCUGCUGCAGAACAUGCUUGAAGAGCUAUUAAUUCAUAAGCCAGAUGACCCCAUUGAGUUCAUGAUAAACCACUUAAAGCAAAACAAUGACGAUGCUCCAAGAAUUUGUGUCCUUGGUCCACCUGCUUCUGGGAAAACUACAGUUGCAAUGUGGCUUUGUAAACAUUUCAAUGCCAUACGUGUCUCUCAGGAGACUUUGUUAUUCAAGGAAGUAUUAAUGCAGACAGAGGAAGCAAAGGCAUAUAAAGAAAGAAACCAGAAAAUUCCCAACGCGCUUUGGGCCAAUCUGAUCCAGGAACGUCUGUCAAACGUGGACUGCAUCAAACAAGGAUGGAUUUUGGAAGGCUUCCCUGAAAAUCAGGAGCAGGCAUGGCUGCUGCAAUCAUCUGGCAUUUUUCCUAGGCAUGUUGUUAUGCUCUAUGCCCCAGACACUGUGCUGAUUGAGAGGAGUGGUGGGAAAAGGCUGGAUCCCCUCACACAAGAGGUUUUCCACACAACCUUUGACUGGCCAAGUGACCCCCAGGUGCAGCAGAGACUGGUGAAACCAGAAGAUCUCUCAGAGCAGGAGGUGUCCAGGAAGCUGCUGGAAUAUCACAGAAACUUCCCCGAGAUUUUCCACAUCUACCAGAAAGUUCUGAAAUCCAUCAAUGCAGACCAGCCCUCCGUGGAUGUUCUCUCUCAGGUUCUUGCCUUUGUCCAAACCCGGCACAGAUCUGCUGCCCCCUUCACUCCCCGGGUUCUCUUUUUUGGCCCCCCAGGCAGUGGGAAGAGCCUGCAGGCAGCACUAAUAGCUCAGAAGUAUGAUCUUGUCAACAUUUGCUGUGGGCAACUGCUAAAGGAAGCUGUUGCAGACAACACAAAACUUGGAGAACUCGUUAAGCCUUACAUUGACAGUGGAUGCCCAGUGCCAGACAACCUUGUCCUGAAGCUGCUGACAGAACGCCUGAGCGCCCUCGACUGCCUGAGCAAUGGCUGGGUGCUCUCUGGCUUCCCCAGGGACGUGGGGCAGGGGGAGCAGCUGCAGAAAGCACAGAUCAAUCCCAACAGGGUGUUCUUCUUUAAUCUCCCCUACGAGGCCAUCAUGGAGCGCCUGUCCCAGCGGAGGACGGAUCCUGUCACUGGGGAGAGAUACCACACCACAUUCAGACCAGCUCCCACUCCAGAGAUCCAGGCCAGGCUCAGGCAGAACCCCAAGGAUGAGGAAGAAAAUAUUGAGAAGCGCCUGGACAUCUAUUACAGCAAUGUCAAGGCCCUGCAGGAUUUUUACCAAGAUGCCUUUUAUGUCAAUGCUGACCAAGACCCUUAUGUUAUCUUUGAGUUCAUAGAAAGUUGUAUCAUCAAGCCCCUUCCAUGUAAAAAACAUUAGAAGUUUAUAAUUCAAAGGGUUGAUUUGUGGAAGAGUUGAUUUUAAAUUUUUCCCUGUAAUAUUUGCAGUCUGGUUGCUGGAGUGGCAGGUUAUCACCAGGGAGGGGGAAUUCAGCCAAGCUGUGCUAAAUCUGAAGCUCACCAAGGCUGAGUGAAGUACUGAGGGUAAGAAAUUGGGAAAGUUUUUUGGCUUUUGUUUCAUGAUGCAAGAUACAAAACACCGUGGCUGGGGAAGUCCUGUGUUUAAUUUAAUAAAUUUUUUUCUGUAUCUGAAUAGUAGUUUUGUCUUCACUAUGUAAGACCCAUGAAGCCAGUUUGGAGUAUUAAAGC